AUGGAGGUCAAGGGCCCGCUGGUGCCCGCGGUGGAGCGGCCCGAGUAUGAAACUCCGCGCGCAAUACUCCAAAGACCGAAGGCGACGUUGAUCCAGUGUCGGAAGGUCGAGGCGAGUCAGGAUCAUCAAGAUAUCCCUGACUGCCUACCCUCGGACGAGUCGCCGUCGGACAAGUCGCCGUCGGACAAAUCGUCUUCGGAAAUUCGACCGUUAGAUCUAGCGUCUGUCGCAAGUGAGGAGUCGGAUCUGUCGUCUAUCGCAGACGAAGAUCCUAUAUCGCAUGCGAUAACGGUCGAGGAGGCGUUAGAAGAUCUCGAUCAAGUGACGUGGGCGACUGAUCCGUCUUCGGAUGAAACUACAGACGUGGUGGAAACGCGAGGAGAGGAUGAUCGAGAUGAAAUUGGGGUUGUCAAUCAGGAUCAACUACACUUGAGAGGUCAAGAUCAAGGAACAUCACCGUCGAAAUGCGGCGGAUUGGAUCUGCCAUCAAUGAUGAGUGUACAAUCGGGGACGGGACAUGUGACCGGUGAUCCGUCGAACGGCAAGUGCGCCGCAUCUAUGUCGCAAAAAACGGACAUGGAUCCAUCACCUGUUGUUGAAGAUCAACCAGGCACGUUGGAUCUGGACCUCACCUGGGACUCAGAUAAAGAUUAUGAUGAAUGUGUAUACUACCAUGAAGGAAGUGAUCUGUACGCAGAAGACGUCGAUGGUCAGAUGGCGGGACUGCCGGAAGUGCCUGUGACGACGGAAGAUGUGAAGAUCGAAGAUAUUCAGCUAUGCGGAUCUGAUAAUCAGACCUCAGAAGAAAUUGAUCGACUUCGCCAAAGGAUCUGGAAGUUCCGGCAUCUCUUGAUCGGCAAAGGAAAUGCCCUCCCGCCACAUAGCGCAAUACACCUGGGUGAGAAAACGUGUUCAUUCACGUCACCACAAAUGGAAUAUGCGAAGAAGAUCAGCGAUCUGGAGAAACUAGCUGUCGAGGUGAGUCCUCACCCGUACCGAUUAGUGGAAAAACAGUACUGGAUUGCGAUGGAUCGCAAGACCCGCUACGAGAUACGCAAGAUUCACCCGACAAUGUUUGCACUGACUGGUGUUAGUGACGCUGAGGCAUUGCAUCAUGUCGAUACAACAUUAAGUUAUGCAUGUAAAUUGAAUUGA